UGUGACGUCACCGGUAGGGGUCUGAGAAGCUAGGUACCGACUACCGACACACGUGAUUCGUAGCGUUUCCAUAUUGUACUUUGUGCUGUUCGUGAGUUGUUAUUUGAUCUAUACUCAGUUACGAUGCCCCGAAGGUGUUGUAUGCCGAAUUGCAGGGGCAAUUACGAUAAUGGACCUAAAGUCAGUGUAUUUUAUUUUCCAUCUGACGAGAAUUUAAGACGAAAAUGGUAAUCGGCUGUUCACAGACAAGACUGGACACCGAGUAAGCACUCUGUUAUAUGUGAACCGCAUUUCAACAAGGACGAUAUUUUAAACAGUACCAGCAUGUAUGACCCGAAAACUGGUAUCCUCUUGACAGCACCGUUGGAUCGUCGACGCUUGAGAAAAGAUGCAAUCCCAUCGAAGUUGCCUGGAUGUCCAUCUUACUUGUCGAGUCAUCAAAUUGCAGUACGAGAGGAUCCAGAAAUUCGUAGGGGGCGUUUAGAAAAUCGUGCUCUUCAAAUUGCUAUCCAAGAAAGUGUGGACACACAUGCGAAAAUGAUUGAUGCGAUAUCGUUCGAUAGUUUAGAACAAAUGAAAACAAAGUUGAGUGAAUGUGAAAAGCACAGUGACUGGGUAGUGAUAAACAAAUCUGACAGUGUGAGCCUAGUGUUACUAAAGCAUAAUCCUUACCCAAGAAUUUUUUGCCACGUAGUUAUAAGCAGUGGUUUAUUACUCAGUGUCUUCAAUAAUGAUAUUGAAGUGAAAUGUAUUGGAAACAUGAAAUUUCCCAUGAAAGUAAACAACAUACAGGUGGUAAGUGAUGUUCUUAAGAACAUUUAUCUUCUGUAUAAUAGUUCUGAGGCUCCUGUAGAUAACAUUUUGUCUUUAAUUGACCAGUUAUUGCAAAAUUUUUUAGAAAAGUUACCAGGAAACGAAACUAAAAUUACAUUUUUGAAGGAACAGAUUUCAUUUUUGAAGUGCAGAAGUUCAACUCAAUUUAGGUAUGAUACUAACUCUAUGAUAAUGUGGUCAUUAGUACAUUCUAUAAGCCCACAUGCUUACAAAUUUUUGAGGAACACUGACAGUUUUUCUAUGCCUAGUCCUAACACCCUUUCAAGGCUUUGUAGUAAACUCUCAACAAAUCCUGUCAUUGAGCGACAGGGUCAUCAGUUUAUGAGCUACAUCACAAAUAAAGUAGGUACUUUAUCCUCAGAUGAUAAAACUGUGCUCCUGUUGAUGGAUGAAAUUCAUCUGAAGUCUCAGCUUGAUUACAAAGCUGGAAAUGUUGUAGGAUGUGCCUUUAACACUGAAAAAUUUUUGUGUGCAACCAGCGCCUAUGUUCCUAGGUGGCGUUGA